CACUCAGCUCUAAAAUUAGUGAGGUGCUGUAAACUUGUAAUUUGUGUGUUGUGUUUACGUGGUUUACAAUCUGGUAUCCAGUUCACAAACACGGCGCUUAUGAUAUGCAACAAGCGCGCGAUUUUGUGGACUGCCAGAUGCAUGUAAACCAGCUGACAGGAACUCAUCAUGGCUGCCGUACAUCAAAGCACCCUGACCACACCGUUCGCACCCUCGCAUCUCCAGCUUGGAUGUAAUGGGGUCUACCUGGCACUGCCAGUCGCUAAGUCGGUGGGAGUCUGGAGCUUACAGAGCUUGAGCUCCAAGCCACUAGUGUUGGAAGCACACAAGAAGAAGCUGAGCUGUCUCUGCUUUGGGCGUCAGCACAACCCCACCCUGCUCUGCUCAGCCGCAGAGGAUUACAUCAUUGUCUGGAAUGUGGAACAGGCGAGGAAUACCUACGACCUGGGUGACCAGAUACGAGGUCAGAUCAUCGGCCAGUGCUUGGGUCACGUUCAGUACUGUAGUUUCAGCUAUGAUGAUGCUUUGGUGGCUGUGUGUAUAGGCUGCGAGGUCCUUAUUCUUGACUCAAAGGUGGAGAGACUGGACACCACGUUGGAGGGUCACAUGGCCCCAGUGACCUGCGCAGAAUUCUGCCCUUACCAUCCCGCCACACUGGUCUCUGUAUCUGAAGAUCGUACUUUCAAGAUAUGGGACAUUACUAGAGGAUGCCUUGUCUACCAGUCCUGUAUAAUAUCAGCAUCACCAUUCCUCAGCCUUGCGAUGAACACAAACAGUGAGUGUUUCGCUGUGGGAUCAUCAGACGGCCAGGUGCGAAUCUUUGAUUUGACUGAAGGAAAUGGAUAUCGUUGUCUGCAUCAACUAGACAUUGCCAAGCUUCUGCGCACGCAGAGGGAAACAAAGGAAUUAGACAAGAACAGCAGUACAGCUUCAGGUCCAAGGACCAUUAGCAGCCAUCCAGCUUGGAAGAGACCAGAAAACGAUCAGCCGAUUGCCGAUGGGACACCUGACGAUUCUGACUUCUCGUCUGAAGCAGGGGAAGCUAUCCUAGGGUUGCAUUUUACCACCAAGGUGGCAUCGACUGAUCCGUCCAGUGGAGUCGCCCAAAGCAAACCCCCAUCUCUACUGCCGGACGACUCAUUAAUAGAAGAGCUGUUAGAUGAAUCCCCAAUGCUCGUCGUUGGUACGCCCGGUGCCUUGCUUCAAAUCAACACACACAGCUUUGAAAUGGCAACGUUCAUAGACUUCCAAGAUCCCAUUCCAUCUGGAACUGAUCAACAUUACAUUGCUCUCUCAGGCUCCUAUGCCUUUGCGCAAAUGGCAAAUUCUGACAGUCGGACUUGGUGCAUCAUCGGCAGUGUUUUUGAGAAUGCUGUAGAUGUGAUCCAGUUGAGGACCCCUCCUCCAUCCAAGCUAAGCCCUCCUCCAUCCAAGCUAAGCCCUGCCUCCAUUCCGUCAUUACUCGACAAUCUCACCUUAGAGACAUCAACGAGCACAUCCUCUCCACAAGAUGAUGAUGCUGAACAACUUACAGUUAUCUCUAGUGCUCCCCUGAGUGAGACGUCCGUCUUGAGAUCCGAGAUGACGUCUAAACCCAAGGAGUUGAACUUCAAGACGAAGCCGCAAGGUGGCAAGACUGGUACCAAGAAGCCAUCUGGAUCAUCAGCAUCAGGAGUACAGGACCAGGCUCUGACUUUCAAGAGCAAGAUCAAGUCCUCAGGAUACACGGGUGCACCGAGGGCUAAAAUGUUUUCUCCCAAGACGAAUGUCGUCAAGACCAGCUCAGCUAAGAGAGAGAAAGCAGGGUCUGCUGGGGCUGCCUCCAGGUCGGUUACGAAGCAAUACCCAAUUGAUGCCGAUCCUCCCACCACCGUCAAGACAAAGAUUGAUGUCGGCAACCAGAGCGUUCCAAUUAACUCCAUUGCCUUCUCAGGUGAUGGUCAGAAUCUGGCCUGUGCCUUGGCCAAUAAAUCUGCUCAGCUAUUCAAGAUGCCACUGACUGGCAAAGGAACAAGUUUCACAGGGCACAAUGCAGCUGUGAACACCGUCCACUGGAGCCACGACGGCCAAUGGCUGCUCACGGCCGCCGAUGACAAGACCGCCCGCAUCUGGUCCAAGUCUGCCUCGGACCCGGUCCUCACCCUGAGUCACAUUGACCGCAGCGUCGGCGCAACGGAUGCGGAAAAGCUGAGAACCGCUGAUAAGCGUACGGACUGCUCUCCCACACAGGGGAGCAACAGAGUCUUUGCCAAGGAAGUCAAAGCGGCGAGGUUCUACUACGUUGAUAAGUUCCUGCUGCUCGCCUCCGGGGGCGCUCUCUACCUGCACAAGUUCGUCUUGGAUACCUCAGUGGACGACAUUAAAAGGUACCAGAGUAACUCCCGCUACAAAUUAGUCAAGUCCUUCCAACUAGAGCAAGCCCAGCAAAUCACAGCAUUGUCUGCUGUCAAUGGAUUCCACUCCUAUAUUGUCAUGUGUGCAGGAUCAGACAAGUCCUUGGAAUUUUUCGACAUGAACGUUGGUAGAAGCAUCCGGACCGUUCCCACUGCCCACUCCAGGCCCGCUCACUGUAUUUGCCAAAAUGAGGGUUCAGCCUAUGUUAGCCACCCUCCCUCGGCCUAUGACCUUUUCCUGACAGCUGCCGUGACUGAUAGCAUUAAGCUGUGGGAUCUACGCACCAACAGAUGUGUCAAGAGGUUCGAAGGUCACAUGAAUCGAGCGCAUCGCUGCGGUGUUGCGAUCAGUCCUUGUGCCAAGUACAUAGCCACUGGAUCCGAGGAUAAAUCUGCCUACGUAUUUGAUAUCAGGACGGGGACCUAUAUCCACAAACUCUCAGGUCACACUGACGUUGUCUCUGACGUCGCCUAUCACCCCUUGUAUCCAGAGGUAAGUAAGCCGCCUUGUAGAACCUGCACACAGAUUUGGACGGAAAGCCAAAAAUUGCAGCUCUCCCCAAAAAUCACAUGUGAAGCUUAUGAAGUCCAUGUAUGAACAGGACAUGGCACA